AUGAAACAGCAGGAUGUUCUUGAUAUACUGAGUGGAGUGGGAGAGAAUAUUAAAUUGUUAAUACGACGUUUGUCACCACGAAUUACUGAAAAGAUCGAAUUGGAACAUACUGGAAAACUAGGCAUUGGGAUUGUAGGCGGACUUGGAAGUGAAUAUAUUGCAAAAGAUCAUGGUAUAUUUAUUAAACGUAUCGAUAAACAUCAAACUAAUAAUCAAUUAGAUAUAGGUGAUCGAUUAUUAGCAAUUUCAUCAACGCAUAACAUGUACGACUUACGAUUUGUUACCCAAGAUAUUGCAAGAAAACGUAUAGAGUUAGCG